ACCACGCUCAGGUCUAGGAGCAGGGGAGCGCGGGCUCUCCAUCCUCAGCUUGCUGCUUGCCUCUUCUCGGGAGGUGGCAGUCACUGUUGCUGCCCAGAAGCCAGUCUGCAUUCCCUGCCUGUUGGUUGGCCAGUGAGGAGUUGAGUCUGCACCUCCAGCCCGGACCCACAUGGCUUGUUACCUGGUCAUCAGUUCCAGACAUCUCAGCAAUGGGCACUACCGGGGCAUUAAGGGAGUCUUCAGAGGGCCCCUCUGCAAGAAUGGAUCUCCAUCUCCGGAUUUUGCCGAAAAGGAGAAGUCCACAGCAAAAGCUCUGGAAGAUGCAAAAGCAAACUUUUACUGUGAAUUAUGUGACAAGCAGUAUAGCAAACACCAGGAGUUUGACAAUCAUAUCAAUUCGUACGACCAUGCUCAUAAGCAGAGAUUGAAAGAAUUAAAGCAAAGAGAAUUUGCUCGAAAUGUAGCUUCCAAAUCGUGGAAGGAUGAGAAGAAACAAGAAAAGGCACUUAAGCGACUCCAUCAGCUGGCAGAACUGCGGCAGCAGUCUGAAUGUGUUUCUGGAAAUGGACCGGCAUACAAAGCCCCCAGGAUCGCCAUGGAAAAGCAACUCCAGCAGGGAAUUUUCCCGGGUAAGAAUGGCAGAAAGGUCUCCUGCAUGAAGAGCGCCCUUCUCCUCAAGGGCAAGAAUAUGCCCAGAAGCACCUUGGAUAAGCAGCGAUUUGCUAUGCCAAGCAGACAGCAGCUGCAAUCAGACAGAAGGCACUUCUUUGGAAAUCGGAUAACACAAACAUCUUCAGAUCUCGGCAGUGCUAACCACAGGACCGGAGUAUCGUUUUCAUUUUCAAAAAAAGCCUAUCUAAAAUUAGAAUCCUCUGCCUCAGUUUUUAGUGAGAACGCAGAGGACACCCAUGAGUGUCACAAGUCAUCCACCUAUAAAGUCAAACAAACAGUAGAGAGCUGCAAGUGUUGCAGAUUUGCAAACGAUGAGCCAGACCUUACUAGGGAAGGUUUUGUCUCGUCAGGCCAUCUGGAAGGUGUUUCAAACAACACCUUUUCGACGAACUCUAAAAUUUCACAAAACAAAAAUGAACUUAUAAGUGGGAAACUGAAAGAUUCGGCAGGUCCUCGCGCUGCUUUCUCUAAGCCUAGCCUCCAUCUUUCAGAAAGAGACUUAACUCUUUCCAGCAGAGAGAAAGAAAUUAGGAAUGCGUUGAAAGAUACUUCAGAAAACCGCGGUAAUCAUCCGUCCCAAGAAAAUGAAUUUGCCAGUCCACUAAACGUUUGUAAGCACAGGGAAAAUAGGUGGUAUGAAAGUCUGGAUGAGUUUUUGUCAUCAGCACCCAGUGAACAAAAGACUAAAGGAUAUUGGAACCCUAACUCUAGAAUGGAGGACAGAGUAAAGCCUGUAGAUGAAGCAGAAAGAGCCAGCAGAAAUGUGCAAAGACUUUGCAAAGAAGGAUAUCCACAUGAUCUGAAGUCCAAAGCAUUGCCUUUCAUCCACGUACAGAGCAAGGAUGGCCACACCACUCUACAGUGGCCUACAGAACUUCUGUUCUUUACCAGAACAGAACCAUGCAUAUCUUACGGCUGUAAUCCAUUAUAUUUUGAUUUCAAACUCUCUCGAAACUCAAAGGAGGUGCAUGAUUCAGAGAAUAUAAAAACAACAUUGGAGAAAGAGGCCUUGGAAAAAAAGACAAAAACAGAGAACCAAGUCUCAAGCUUCAUUAAAGAACAACAAAAAUUGACCCAAGAUAAACAAUCUCUGAAACCAAAGAUGAUUAUAACUAACCCAGAUUGGGACACGUUCCAGAGAAAGCACAAUUUGGGCUGUCAUGAUUCUGAAUCUAGUAUGAGUGAAUGUGUUAGUCUAAGAGACUUGGAAAUGAAAAGUCCGGAAGUGCCUACUUACCAUAACCUGUCUCUAAAGGAUGGCAUAGGCCAGGAUAAUGCCGAUGAUACGGAAUUUAUGGAACUUUCAAAUGUCCACUGGCAAAGUUGCAAAAGGACAGUUCGAAAUAGUGCUCAGGAGGGUCUGUCUUGCUCUCCUCACAUUUCUAGGACUAAAAGGCAUAAGCUGAAUUCCUGCAGUUCACACUCACAGUUUGAAGAAGAAAGCCAAAGUACCUGGAAUACUUCAGGGGACCACAGUGAACGUGGGAAGGAUGGCGGUGCAACUUUAAGUAGCUGCAACGUCAGCAUGACCAGUAUACCUUCUACAAGUGGAAAACCAAGUCAUGAAAGAUCUUCUCCAGUGUGUCCUCUGAGGUGCCACCCGAGGAGUCUGGAUGACUCUCCAAGAAACAUGUCCAGCUUGAGAGACGUAUGUUCAAGUCAUAGGCCCAAUGGCAGUGGCAGCAGUCAUUUGCUCUACCUUUGUAAAAGAGAAUGUGACUCGGUUGAAAGGCAGGUGUGGAAAAACAGAAAGCACAAUUGUCUCUACUUGUCUGGUGUGCCAAUAAACAGUAACUGUCCUGGGUCAGAAACCCAGAGAGACAGCAGUGGUAAAGGGUGGGACUCAUUUAAAACUAAAAGACAUUCAAAACACAGAAAUUGCCACUGCAGAGAAAGGUAUAAACUAGGUAACAUUCAAUCAUUUUCAGGACCCAAACUCCCAAGACUUUUUCAUUGUGAUUCUGGCCCACAGGUUUCCCUUGAUGGAAAUAGUGAAAAGCCCUUUAAUGGCCAGGGACCUCAGCACAGCAAAUCGGGCUCUUGUUUGAGACAGAGAACCUACUGCUUAGAUAAAGACAAGAGAAGCCAAAAGUCUUUGGCCAGCAUUCACAUUGGUGAUGUGGGAGAAGUCAAGUGCAGACAAUGCAACUCAGGCACUUUUAACUACCUUUUUAGGAGCUGUGUAGGUGGCCCUCCAGAAACCACAUCGUCAAACAUUCCAGAUGGAGAAGGGCCAUCCCUGACAGCCAAGGUUCUUCUAGAAAGAGUGCAAUCCAAGAUGUGUGAGGAGCAAUCCAUGAAGUUUGAGAUCUCUUCAAAGAGUUGUUUAAAAGAAUCAGAGACUCAUUCAGAAAUCCAACACACAAUUGAACCUGGCUCACAAAGUUGUAACAGAACGGUAUUGCCUUAUAAAAAGAAGGGAGAACGCAUGGGCAAAAGAAGAAAUGAUAGAGGAAAAAGAGUUCACAAGGCUUCUGACAAAGCCAAAAGCUCCUCAAAACAUAAUUUUACUAUUUUAGCAGACACCGAAUGUGAAAACUAUCUGUCCAAAGGCAUAAGUCAUUCAGUAACAGACUUUCAGUCUUUAAAUGGACAAAAGAACCAGACAACAGAAGAGCAAUCUAAAUUUUCAAUUAGCAAAGUCCAACCUUUUCUUCAAAGCUGUGACCCAGUACCAAAUGAUUUCCUCGGUGCUUUUCCAUCUAAUAGAUAUACUCUUGUAACUGAUUCGACUGAGACCAAAGAAGACCAGAUAAAUCUAGACUUACAGGAUGCAAGCAUGUCUAUAAAUCACGUAGCGGGAAAUAUAAACUCUUACUAUGACAGAACUAUGGAGAAGCAUGACAAAGCGGAAGAUGAAUUAGAAGUGUGUCAUAAAUCUCUCUCACCCCCUUUAAUUCAACAGCCCAUAACAUUUUCUCCUGAAGAAAUGGAUAAGUACAAGCUUCUCCAGCUACAAGCCAGGCAGCACAUGCAGAAACAGCUCCUGUCAAAGCAUCUCCGAGUUUUGCCUGCUGCCGGGCCGACAACCUUCUCUCCAGCCUCAGCUAUGCAGACAGUUCCAGUGCACCAGCACACAUCCAUCACCACCAUCCACCACCACACAUUUCUUCAGCAUUUUGCUGUUUCUGCUUCCAUAAGUCCCCACCCCAUAGCACACCUACACCCUCUGUCACAGCCACACUUUACUCCUAUUUCAUUUUCAGCUGUGGCUCCAACCAUCAUCCCUGCACACCCUACUUUUCUAGGUCAUCCUCUGCAUUUAGUCACUGCUGCUCCCUUUCACCCACCCCAUAUAACAUUUCAGCCCCUGCCUCCUGCAGCCUUUAUCCCCACAUUGUUUGGUCCUCACUUAAACCCAGCCACAACUUCUAUCUUCCACUUGAAUCCUUUAAUUCAACCAGUGCUACAAGGUCAAGAUCUCUGCCAUCACUCUUGCUCCACCCAGAUGCAACAGUUAAAUAGUGUGAAGGAGGCCUUAAAUAUGGCACUACACUUGAACUAAUAGUUAUCAUAGCUCAUCUUAUAAAUAAAUAACAUUCAUUUUUGCUACCUGUAAA